AUGUGUACCAAAGAUACUAAACCCAAAGUAGUGUUCAAGAAAAACCAAACCAUCCAAAAUAUAGUGGCACCCACCUUACCAUACAGGAAUCAAGAAUGUUCAAAUACACCUUUUAGAAGUAUACCAUUGAAAGGCACGUACAAGUGCGGGAGAAAGAAUUGUGUGACUUGCUCCUUUAUUGAACCUAGAAGUAACCACUUCUCCUCCAAUCACAAUAAUCAAGACAAACAAUAUGAAAUCAAUGGAUUUAUCAACUGUAAUACGUCCUAUGUGGUAUAUCUCACAGAAUGCCCAAUGGCAGACAAUAUGUGGGCCGAACAUGCCGAAAACUAA